CAUUCAUCCUUUCAGUUUGAAGUAAGAGAUCCUAUAUUUGUUGGUGAUCAUGUCGAAAGACAAGACCUUUUCUCUCAUCGUUCUCGUUUUUGUUCUUCUCUCCGUUGUAGGAUAUGUUGUUGCCGUAGAAAACGACGAGGAAAAGAAGCAUUUCAUUGUUUUCUUGAAGAAUAAUAAACCCGUUUUAGAUGAAAUCAAUGCAGCAGCGACACAUCUCAAUGUUCUCAUGUCAGUAAAAGAAAGUCACGUUGAUGCAAAGGAGUCCAUGGUUUACAGUUACACGAAAAGCUUCAAUGCCUUUGCUGCCAAGCUUACCAAAGAGGAAGCGCAAACACUAUCAAAGAGGGAUGAAGUGCAUUCUGUGAUCCCAAACCAAUAUAGAAAGAUACAAACAACAAGAUCAUGGGACUUCAUUGGAUUUCCUCCCAAUGUAAGAAGACAUCCUCAACAGGAGAGUAAUAUUAUUGUGGGUUUGUUUGAUACUGGGAUCACUCCAACAGCGGAGAGCUUCAAAGACGAUGGGUUUGGUCCUCCACCCAAAAAAUGGAAAGGCGGCCCUUGUCACCACUACGCCAAUUUCUCUGGCUGUAACAACAAGCUGAUCGGAGCAAGAUAUUUCAAACUCGACGGGACCCAUGAUCCCCUUGAUAUUUUGUCACCGCUAGACAUGGACGGCGCCAUGUACAAGGUCUGCUGGACCACCACCGGAUGCACCGAUAUGGAUAUUCUGGCCGCCUUCGACGCAGCCAUACACGAUGGCGUCGAUAUCAUCUCAAUAUCGAUCAGCGGCGGUAGCAAUUACGUCGAGGACGGUAUCUCCAUCGGUGCGUUUCAUGCCAUGAAGAAGGGCAUCAUCACCGUGACUUCCGCCGGCAACAGCGGCCCAUCUGCCGCCACCGUUGCCAACCACGCGCCGUGGAUUUUAACGGUGGCGGCCAGCGGCAUCGAUAGAAAGUUUAUCAGUAGAGUGGAGUUGGGCAAUGGGAAGAACAUCUCUGGGAUAGGAAUAAACACAUUCAAUCCAGGGCAAAAGUUGUACCCUUUAGUGGAUGGACGUGAUGUGGCGAGGAACUCAGAUAGCAAAGACAGAGCAGGGUAUUGCGCAGAGGGCUCACUUGAUCCAAAACUGGUGAAAGGAAGCCUUGUGUUGUGCAGAUUGAUGUCUUGGGGCUCUGAUUCUGUUGUCAAAUCACUUGGGGCCGAUGGCGUCAUCGUUCAAAGUGAUCUGUUUCUUGACAAUGCCGAAAUCUUCAUGGCCCCAGCCACCAUGGUUAGCGGCUCCGUUGGUGCUUCCAUUGAGACCUAUAUCAAGUCCACCAGAACACCAAAGGCAGUGAUAUACAGAACAAGGGAAGUGAAAACAAGAGCUCCAUUCGUGGCUUCCUUCUCAUCCAGAGGCCCAAACCCAGGCUCCAACCGCAUUCUAAAGCCGGACAUUGCAGCUCCGGGAGUGGACAUAUUAGCGGCGUACACACCACUGAAGUCGCUGACGGGGCUGAAGGGGGACACCCAAUUCUCCAAAUUCACGCUCAUGUCCGGCACUUCCAUGGCCUGCCCCCAUGCCGCCGGAGCCGCCGCCUAUGUCAAGUCUUUCCAUCCCCAUUGGUCAACUGCCGCAGUUAGAUCCGCCCUCAUCACCACUGCGAGACCGAUCAACCGCCGAAUGAAUGUGGAAGGGGAGUUCGCAUACGGUGCCGGAAACAUAAAUCCGGCGAGUGCAGUAAAUCCCGGCUUAAUCUACGACCACGGCGAGAUGUCGUACAUCCAAUUCCUCUGCAAAGAAGGGUACAGCGGAUCUUCAAUCGCCGUCCUCGCCGGAUCCAACCCCAUAAACUGCUCCUCCCUAAUCCCCGGACUCGGCUACGACUCGGUCAAUUACCCAACGAUUCAACUCAGUCUAAGAAGCACCCAACGCCCGACGGUGGCUGUGUUCAAGCGGCGAGUCACCAACGUCUACCGCGCCGUCUCCGUCUACAACGCCACCGUCACGGCUCCCCACGGGGUGGAGCUCACGGUAGCUCCGGCGACUCUGUCCUUCACUCGGCUGCUUCAGAAACGGACCUUCAAGGUCGUUGUGAAAGCAAGUCCAAUGCCGCCGGCGAAAAUGGUGUCCGGAUCCUUGGUUUGGAAAGACGGCCGCCACGUCGUCAGAAGCCCGAUCGUUGUUUACAGCCCGUCCCAGUGAGAAUAAUGUACGUACGACAUGUAGGAUGCUUGUACGACUUGUCGAGUAGCAAAUAAUGCUUUUGGAGAUGUAUUUUUUAUUAUGAACUUAGAUUUUGGACACUACAUUUGCAUGGGAUGUGGCAUAAUUGAUGGGAAAUAGUUGUUUGAAUUAAGUUAUUAAUCUAAAAUCGUAGCCAGUAAAUUCCACCGUUAUUUAUA